GGUGUCCUCUGCAAGAGAGCACUGAUAGGGGCUGGCUGUAAAUUGACGUGGCAUGGAAAAUCUCUGCUAGUUUGGAGCAGCUCUAAUGUUGCUGCAAAAUCAAGCCUACUCUUAACCAAGUUUGUAGCUUGAAAUCGUCACGAGCUUACUGCUUCUGUAUUAAAAAUGAAUGGAAAGUACCUUUGCUUUUUGGUUUGGGAACUGGACUUUUUCUCUGUUUGGAUUUACAGAUAAUAGAAAAAAUCAAGGGGAAUUAUUUGGUUCCUUUUUUUUUCCUGUAGUAAGAGCGACAGAUCUUGCUGCUCCCCCCACCUUUUCCUGCGACUUAAUCAUUUGCAGAUCUUGCCAUGGGGUGCGGACUGAGAAAGCUGGAAGACCCAGAUGAUAGCAGCCCUGGAAAAAUCUUUUCUACACUGAAGAGACCACAAGUUGAAACAAAGACGGAUUCUGCUUAUGAAUAUGUAUUGCUGGAUUUUACUGUAGAAGCUUCCUCUAAUCCAGAAGUUAUCAAGAUCAGUUCUGUGCUGGAUAUAGCAUCUCGGGUGGAAGACUAUUACAGCAAAGGAUAUGUUGUAGGAGCUGUUCAUCCCAUUAUGCUGCCAAUUGGACGGAGAAGGAGUUUCCCUGCAAGUCACAUGUAUCGAGUGGUACUUUCACGAUUAAAACUGAGCCAGAAGCAUGCAGCACCCAGAGGACAAAGGCACCCCAGGCUGGUGAUUGAAGAAUGUCCUUUAACAUAUGAAACACUGACAAAUGAAGUAGUGAAAGAACUGCUAGAGAAGGUUAAUGAAGCUGCUAAAAGAGGAAAGAAGUUUGUGGGAUUUGUAACACAACAUUUUCCUGAGCCUAAAGCCUGUAAUGGAACAAGCGCAGAUGGAGGUGCAGAGCUGGAAUCAACACUGGGCAGAAGAAAUAGGGAACACAGAAGAGAAAACUUUGAUGAAAACUAUAAAAACUGGAAUGAAGGGACGUUGAGUGGUCACUCAUCUGAGAGUGGGGUAGAGGAGGAAAUGCAUGGAGAAAGCAGACUGUUAGAGGAUUCAGAUUUCCAGUUUGGAAAAGAAGUCAGCCCUUCUAAACCACGAAAAGGACAUGACAAGCUCUAUACAGUCUUCAAUGUUUUUGAUGAUGAUUCUACCUGCUGGACCUACCAUGAAGGUGUUUUGUCUAUGAAAGUAACAAGAAAGGGGCCAGUUGUUAGUACAUUGGAAGCAGACUGGCUAGAAUUAACUACAUUUUAUUAUAAACAAGGAUUGUCCUUAGUUGAUUCUUUUGUACACUGGGACACUUCUAAAGGAGACUAUUUGCCCAAAUCUUUAGAAGGAUUCUUUAUCUACGAAGAAGAAGGUGCUGGGGUUCCAGGUUCUAAGAGGAAAGGAAAUGAUGCAAUAGUUGUUGAACAAUGGACAGUCAUUGAGGGGUGUGAAAUUAAAACAGAUUAUGGACCUUUAUUGCACACGCUGGCUGAGUUUGGAUGGCUCCUGACCUGUGUCCUGCCUACACCAAUUGUACGACAUGACAGUGAAGGAAAUCUGGCCACAAAGCAAGUAAUUUUUCUUCAGAGACCUGUUAUGUGGAGUUCUUCUGUCCAGACACCAGAGAGGAAAUCCUUAAGACAAGUGAGUGGGGAAGAAAAAGGCAGAGUGUCCAGCAGAAGUGUUGGAUCAGACACAGCUACUUCUUACCCUGUAGAAACUGGACAACCACCUGACGAGUUUCACCUAUCUCCUUCUAAACAAUGUUGGAUCAAGGAGGGAUCCUCCCAUUAUGGAGGCUUUCCAGGAUUCAGUAGCAGUGAUGGAGUAUUAAGGGAACUGGAUGAUGGACAAUUUGACCAGGAAGAUGGAGUCACUCAGGUCACGUGUAUGUGAUAAAGUAAGUAACUGCAUCAAAUGGACAUGUACAUAAAUCAUACAAGCGGAUUUUUUUAAAAAAAUUACACUACUUUAAAUGCAUUGGUAUAAUCCCCUAUCCUUUUGUAUUUUUGUCAUUUUCCUUGUUGUGUUAAUCCUACUGUAGUAAUUUUGUAGUAAUACUACUGCAAAAUAACUUGGUUUUCUGCCUUUAAUAGUAGAACUACAUGACUUGGGUGCUCUGCUAACUUGUUAAUGCUUUUGACAAGCAAGGAAGCAAAAGCUGCAAAACAGUGACAGUUUGAAUUGUGUGAGAGAGAAAGGAAUGAGGAUGUUUAGAAUUUUCCACAAGCUGGAGGAAUGUUUUUGGGUUUGUUUGGUUGUUUUGUUGUUCAGGGUUUUUUAAGGAUGUUGUAAAUAUUGGUGGGGAAAAAUAAACUGUCUGGCUGUUGUUAACUUUUAAUGUAAUUUUCAAUUUAUUUGCCUUGCCUAAGUUCAAAAGCCUAGAGAAAUGUCAAGUCUUACACUAGAGUGUUAAUAAUUUAAGCUAUAUUCAGACUUGGUAUGGACAGAAAAACUCAGGAGGCUGGAGGUAGAUACUUGCUCCUAGAAUGCAACUUCACCUAUGCAGUUUUUACUGGGUCCUUUGUACAUGUAAGCCAGGAGCUUAUAGCUUGUAUUAUAAAGAUGUGUUCAUAAUAUACUUGUGAGUGGAAAUUAAGAACUGCUCAUCCCCUGAAAGAUAACUUGCAGUCUGUGAACAAGUAGUUUGAGAAGCUCCCUAAGAAGCAUUGAGAACCAUGUGCACAGUGAUGCUGCUAAUGCAUAGGAGGAGAAUGUAGGCUAAACUUCAUAGGCAAUAUUAGAUUGAUGUAGAUAUACAAAUGUCUCAGCUAAAUGUAUCUCACACUGGAUAAAGUGUAUUGAGCUGCAUCAAAUACCAGCCUUGAUGUUCAGAGGAAAGGAUCAAGUUGCUGUGCUUCCAUCCUUACUAUGGAGAGGAGCUGCUUGUGUUAAGGGAGGUUAAUGCUGGCAAGGUUCUGCGGGGAGAGGAACAAACACCAAUUGCUUUUGUGCUGAUGUCUGGAAACUGUAUUUUACAGAGAAGAAGCUGAACAAAAAUGCAUCUUCAGAAGGCAAAUGUGAUUGUAACUAAAAUAUGCAUUUUUCAUUUAGUUUUAGAAGCAAAAACCUUAUAAAUGCUCAUCAUCUUUAAGCUACUGCAAAAUAAUUUGGUCAAAAUGAGAAGUCAGAACAGAACUGAGCAAAUGUAUUUGUAACUCUGCUCUCAGUGUUUGCAGUACAGCACAGUACACACAUCACCCAGGGAUUUUGAUACCUGUCUUUGUUGUGCUGCAAACAUAGAUGUCAUGAAUCAUUUACCUACAACACCCUGUCCCCCAGAGCUGCUGUGGGACUCUGCCUUAUCACAGUGGUAGAUGCUGGCACUAAAUGCAGCAGGCAGAUUAAUGCAGUGACAGAAACACCAACAAUUAACUCCAAAUAAGCACCCCAGGAGAUGACCAGGAUAGUAGAGGUUCAAUUGCAGUCUCAGAGCUGUGCAGAAGGAGCAUGGGCAGUAGCUGCUUAUUUCAGUAAGCAAAACUAACUCAUGCAGGAAAAUAGUUUAUAGGUCAGGGGGUUGGGGGAAGGCCCAUUCUACUGACAUAAUUAUGAUAGGGGGAGAGCUUGAAAUAAUACUGCUUUGGAGCUGCUUCCUGAUUUGCUUAUGAAAUUCUUACAGGCAGGCUUGUUUCUUUCUUUCUUUGGAAGAGCAACUCUUAACAAGUGUUUGUAGCAGGUUUGGGGGUUUUCUUCCAAAAAAUCUACAGCUCUGGAAACUGGCUUCAACUUCUUUUUCCCAUUGCAUGCAGUAGGGAGUGAUGGGAGCACCUCAAAUAGCGGGCACUGUAAGAAACCCCUUCUUGCAAAGGCUCUUCUCCCAGCUUUCCCACAAGCAUCUUGAGGUCAGGGGUGUGGGGUGUGAGCCUGGUGUUCAUUCCCUGUCUGGGGGCACUGUGGGGAGGAAGAACCCCCUGCUGAGAGGGAGAGUGCUGGGCUGGGUGUCCCUGCAGAGCCUGCCCCAAGUGCUGCUUUCUCUUGUGGCCAAUACUCGGGGAGCACUGGUCAUGGUCACAGGCAGCAGGGAUCCUCCUCCAUGGGACACAGAUGGGGAAGAGAGAUGAAAAUAUAAGUUAUACCCAUCUUUGCCAGAAAGCCAGGUAACUCUAGCAUAUUAAAAAAGGAGUAACAGCUGGUUUCAUGCAACUUGGAAUAUGUUGCUCUACUUCUAGAAGUUUUUUAAUGAGUUAUCCAAAACUUGCAUGUGUAAUUUUAACUAUUGGUCGUUCUCCAUACAAGUCCAACCUGUAAAAUGGGCAAAAAUUCGUUAAAAACUCCAAUUCUGAAUAUUUUUGUUAGAGCUUUUAAAGUAUAUCAAAGAAAUUGCCUUUCAUAAAGCAAGAUCCUUGCUUAAGAUAAGUAAACAUUAGUGAGUCCUAAACCAAAACUGAACUAUAAGUAUUUAAGCAAGUUACAAAGCAGUAAAUUUAAUGCAGUUUCUCUUUCUAGAAUGCAUCCAUUGGAUAAAAAGAAUUAUUUAACUUUUAACUGAGAUCUUUCUGUAUCACCUGUUGAAAGUGUAGAAAAUUCAAAUAAAACAGUACCUUUCUAAAAGAAAUAUUCUGCUUACAAUUAAUGGAAUGUAAACAAGAGAGACUCUUGUUUUGGAACUAGGGUGGAAAUUGAGUAUGCCCUGGAUGUCCACAGGUAUACUAGAAUAUCAUCACUUUUAGAAAGAAAGGUGCUUUUCAAAAUGAAAUAAAGCCAUAUUCUUUUUCAGCAGCCCUCAGUUUUAACUGUGCUUUAGUCCUUGCUCAUGAGUCUCACAGGUGCUGACAGUGCUGCAAACCUCUGAAUUUCUUUCAGUAUAACUAUGCUGAAUUGUUUUGUCUGAACCCACUCAGCAAUUCCUGGAUUGUUAAGGACAGCUUGGUUUUUUAAUGUCAUUUGUCUUGUAGUAUUGAAGUUGCCUGUGCUGUAGAAAUACUCAUCUGAAUUGUUUGCUUUUGAAAGUCAGGGCAAGUAAGUUGCUUGCUCAGCCUGUGUGCAGACAGUGCAAGAAUUAUCUGACUUCAUGCACUUGAUCACUUGUCUUCCUAAGGCAUGGAUGUUGAAACUGAAAACAUUGAAAAUGCUUCUAAAACAAAUUAUGAAAAAUCUUCUGUUUUGUUCUUUGUAGUAAAAAAUUCUGAAAGACUACUCUAUCUUGGACAAGUAAAAAGGGGAGGGGGCAUUUUGGAUAUAGGAGAUUUGAUUUCAGAUCCUUAUCUGUCUGACAUAAACCAGACCAUUAAUUAAGGUUUGCCUUUACUAGUGUGGUGACCAGCACUGUCCAUUAAGCAAAGUAAGUUUGUAAAUCAGAGGACAUGUCAGAGUAACUAGCAAAACUUUUUUGGUCUGCUUGUAUUGUACACACUGCUCAGCUUUCAUUUUACCAGAAUGUAUUUAACUUUUUGUUGAAAGAAUUGCAACUUAAAGCAUGGAUGCAUCCUCUGACAAAAACUAGUAAGUACACUUUUUGCAGUCAAUAACAAGACUUCAGCCAGGAGCCUGUGUGUUGGAAAUGUAGUAGGGAAGCCCCUUUCCUGAUUUUGACAACAGAAAUGCUCUGCAACUAUUAGAACAGAAUGCAGCCAAUAGUGUUCAUGAACCUCUGCAAAAGACUGUUUAUACUUUCUGAUGCUUAAAUUGUUUGGAGAGGAAAUAGUUUUCUAAUGUUUACAAACAGGAAGAAACUGUCCACAGUUAAAUAUUUUGUACCCUGUUCAUAACUGUCAGAACAGUUUAUUUACAUACCUGGUCAACUCAAUAAAUGGCUGCUUCACUUGUU